GUCCAGGAUAUUAGCCGAGAAGAAGCAGGUAGCAUGGCUCCAGGAGAAAAGGAAAGGGUGGAGGGGCCAGCUAAGAGUGCCCUCCAGAAGGUACGCACUGCAACCCUUGUCAUUAACUUGGCCCGAGGUUGGCAGCAGUGGGCAAAUGAGAACAGUACCAGGCAGGCCCAGGAGCCUGCAGGCUGGCUGCCUGGAGGGAUCAAGGACCCACCCCAACAUCCUAAACCAGCGCUAUACCCUACUCCUCACCAGAAAGCUCAGAGUGCCCCAAAGUGUCAACUUCUAAAGCCGGAGGAACAUGGAGAUGGACAAAGCUCAGAAGAAGCCACUGAGGUCUCCCAUAUCAAAAGGAAAGAGGUGACCAGAACAGUUGUCAGCAAGGCUUAUGAGAGAGGAGGAGACAUGAGCUACCUUAGCCACAGGUACGAGAAUGAUGGUGGCACGCCUGACUCUGGACUGCUGGAGAAUGGCAUUGACAGAAUCCUCCACAGCCAUGACUCUCCAACAAGGAGGAGAAGAUGCACCAAUCUAGUGUCUGAGCUGACCAAAGGCUGGAAAGUAAUGGAACAGGAAGAACCCAAGUGGAAGAGUGACAGCAUAGAUACAGAGGACAGCGGCUAUGGAGGGGAGAUGGAAGAGAGGUCUGAGCAGGAUGGAGUGCAGGUGGCCACUGCCAGGAUCAAACGCCCCUUGCCCUCCCAGGCAAACAGAUAUACAGAGAAACUCAACUGCAAGGCUCAUCGGAAAUACAGCCAGGUGAAUAAUUUGAAAGGGAGAUGGCAACAGUGGGCUGAUGAACACAUUCAGUCCCAGAAGCUCAAUCCCUUCAGUGAAGAAUUUGAUUAUGAGCUAGCCAUGUCCACUCGCCUACACAAAGGAGACGAAGGGUAUGGUCGUCCAAAGGAGGGAAGCAAAACAGCUGAGAGGGCCAAGCGAGCAGAGGAGCACAUCUACAGAGAGGUCACGGAGAUGUGCUUUGUUAUUCGCACCAUGGCUCGCCACAGACGAGACGGCAAGGUUCAGGUCACUUUUGGAGAGCUCUUUGACAGAUACGUUCGUAUUUCAGAUAAAGUAGUGGGCAUUCUCAUGCGUGCCAGGAAACAUGGACUGGUGCACUUCGAAGGAGAGAUGCUGUGGCAAGGCCGAGAUGACCAUGUUGUGAUUACUUUACUUGAGUAAUCAACAAAGGUCAAACUCGACCCACUACUGUCUUAAAUGCUAACUGUAUGAAAAAUUAAAAUGCAAGCUACUCUGUAACAUUAGUAAAUAUUAAACAAUUUUUACAUAAAUGACUUUUUGGC